AUGUUGAUUAGCUCCGAGUUUAAGUUUACAAACUUUAACUGUACAUCUUUUGAUAAAAAAGUUGGAGAGUUUGAGUACUGCUACCUGAAGUCGAUAAACCGCAGCUACAAAUAUAUUUCCGGAAAAUAUAAGUUGUACCAAAUCCCCUUUGAGAACAUAAAGGUGCAUUUCACAAUGUGGAAGCGUUUAAACGGAUACAAGCCAUUCCUCUACAAUAUAACGACGGAUGCUUGCAAAUUUCUUAGAAAUCCCAAGUCAAGUCCAGUAAUGAAAUAUAUUUUUGAAUCGUUCAUCGAAUACUCCAAUAUUAACCAUUCGUGUCCAUACAGAAACGAUCUAAUUCUGGAAAAACUUCCCAUUGAUUUUAUGAAUCAUCGGGUGACACAAAUUCUUCCCAUUCCUGAGGGAGAUUACUUACUUGAAUUUCUUAUACAAUCAGCCGAGGAAAUUGACUCCCGAGUAGAAUUUACAAACGUUGUUUGCACAUGUUUUAAUAAAUCAUAUUGUGAAUACGAUUACUGCUUUUUGAAGUCUGUCAAUCGCAGCUAUAAGUAUACUUCGAUGAAAUUAAGGCUAUAUCAACUUCCCAUCUUCAAAGCCGUAAUAAAUGUCGCAAUUUGGAAACGAUACAGUGGAUAUAAACCCUUUAUGUACAACAUCACGGUGGACGCCUGUAAGUUUUUGAAAAAUCGGAAUUCAAAUCCUGUGGCAAAAUUUCACGAUUUAAUCAUGGACAAGCUUCCCACCGAUUUCAUCAAUCAAAGAUUGACAGCAGUUCUUCCAUUCCCUGAGGGCGAUUAUCGCAUUGAUUUCAACUGGCUACACUCUCAUCUUAUAGUAUUGACGACCAAAGUUUAUUUGACACUUUCCUAA